ACGUCGUUACGUCGUUACGUUUUUCUUGCGAACAAACAAAAAAAGAUCGUUUCUUUCGUCUUCGUGAUCGCACUCGAUUCUUUCGAAAAAGUAACCGCGAAUCGUAGUCAAAGAGAAAUGUCGCGCCUCUUCUUCGCCGCUAUGCGAUCCUUCGAAAAUUGCUUCGGCCUGUCGAUGUUCUCUUUAAAAACUCGGUACGCGCACACCGAUUUACCGGAAAUCGACUUUCAAGAACAUCGACGGAAAUCGCUAGAGGACCCAAACGUGUCUGCCAUGCGAACCGUCGAUCAACGAAGAGUAACAACUUACGCGAUGAGUUUCGUGGCCGGUGUUGCUGGAAUGUAUGGAUUAAAGUCUCACAUGUUGCAUUAUCUGUUAUUUUUAUCACCAUCGCGCGACAUCAUGGCAGAAGCACAAAUUGAAAUUAGUUUGCAAGAUAUCACGGAGGGAAAAGUCGCUGUAUUCAAGUGGCAUGAUAAACCAAUCUUCGUUUACCAUCGUCCGCAAUCCAUUAUAGAACAAGAACAGCAAGUGAACAGCGUGGAACUGAGAGAUCCUGAAAGAGACGAGCAAAGAGUCCAGCGACCACAGUGGUUAAUAGUAAUUGGGAUUUGCACGCAUCUUGGUUGCAUACCUAUUCCUAACGCCGGUAUCAUUCCUGGGGGAUUUUAUUGUCCGUGUCACGGCUCUCAUUUCGAUGGAGCUGGUCGCAUACGCAGAGGACCAGCACCUACAAACUUGGAAAUACCCCCGUACAAUUUCAUCACCGACCAUACCAUUCGCAUUGGAUAAGUCAAUUCUAUUAUCUUAUACUCUGUUCUAGUCACCACGACAUCGCUCCAUGUUUCUUCAUUCUAUUUCAGUAGAAAAUAAACAGAUUUUUGACAAACCUUCC